AGGUCAGUUAUAAAAAACGGAUCUACAGUGAUCAAAGAUACCGACACGACGUCCAUACUAGUUACACUGUAAUAAUACAGUGCAGCACUGGUAAACAGGUGCCAUCCAAAACGUGACUACGAUCGCUGUUAGGAUUUUCCUUGGUGAAAAUAAACGGAAGCGGCUCCAAUAUAUUGAGUUCCAAUACAUUUCGACGACAAAUUCUAAUUAUUAAUAAUUAAUUACGAGAAUAAAUGUGUGUGUGUAUAUAAUAAAACUUUAUUAGCAUUUUGAGUAUUUAAUUAAUUAGUGUAUAAAGUAUAUUAGUAAUAUAUCCAUAAUUGAACAUGGUGCGAAGUAGUGACAAGGACAGGCAUCACCGACGAAGAUCGAGAUCAAGGUCCAGGUCGAGAUCGGCCGAACCUGAGAAGAAACGUCGGCGUUCCAGAAGCAGGGACCGAGAGAGAGAUAGAGACAAGGGACGACAUAGAGAACGGAGGAGUCGUUCGCGAGACAGAGAUAGAGAGAGGAGUGACCGAAGAGAGCGUUCCGAGAGGGAUAGGGAUCGCGAAAGAAAACGUGGAGACAGUAAAGAAAAGCGUCUUACAGGCUCAAAAUCUUCGCGCUCUGGCAAAGAACGAUCCAACAGGUCUCGCUCGCGUGAUAGAAAGGAUAAAGAGAAAGGAGAUAAUGAAGAAUUGCCUUUUGAUCAUACAAAAUUGGAUAAAGAGGAGGAACAAAAAAGACUGGAAUUGGAAAUGCAAAAGAGAAGGGAGAGGAUAGAAAGAUGGCGAGCAGAAAGGAAGAAGAAAGAGCUGGAAGCAACCAAAAAAGACGGUAAGACAUCUAUUUUGGCAAAUCUUCAGCUACCCAUGAAAAAGUGGUCCCUUGAGGAUGAUAGUGAUGAAGAGACUCCUGUGGUACAGAAUAACACCAAGGAAGCAAAAGAAGAAGGUGUAAAGGAAGAAGUUGAGGAAGUGAAAGAGGAGAUAAAAGAUGAAGAAGAGGAGAUUGAUCCACUCGAUGCUUUUAUGGCAGAGGUUCAAGAAGAAGUGAGAAAAGUAAAUAAAUUUGAUAGUAAAGCUCCAAAAAAUGCCAAUAAUGGCACUAAUUCUACAUCGCAGAGUGGUGGUGUGGUUAUUGUGACUGGUGUGGCUAAGAAAAAAAUACAGAAGCAAAAAGGAGAAUUGAUUGAACAAAAUCAGGAUGGAUUAGAAUAUUCCAGUGAAGAAGAAGGCGAAAAUCUUCACGAAACUGCGGCCGGUAUUGCAAAUAAACAGAAACGAGAAUUAGCUAAAGUUGAUCAUGCUACAACAGAUUAUCAACCAUUUCGAAAAUCUUUUUAUGUCGAAGUGCCUGAGAUUGCGAGAAUGACACCGGAAGAAGUAGAGGUAUAUAAAGAAGAAUUGGAAGGUAUUCGCGUUAAGGGUAAAGGUUGCCCAAAACCUAUUAAAUCUUGGGCGCAAUGUGGCGUUACCAAGAAGGAAUUAGAAGUAUUAAAAAAACUUGGUUACGAGAAACCGACACCUAUUCAAUGCCAGGCGAUUCCGGCGAUCAUGUCUGGUCGCGAUCUCAUAGGUAUAGCAAAAACUGGUAGCGGAAAGACUUUAGCUUUUCUUCUUCCUAUGUUUCGUCACAUACUCGAUCAACCACCGCUGGCCGAUGGUGAUGGACCAAUCGCGUUAAUUAUGACACCAACUAGAGAACUGUGCAUGCAGAUUGGAAGAGAUUCAAAGAAAUUUACAAAAUCUCUAGGUCUUUCGCAUGUAUGUGUUUACGGCGGAACUGGCAUUUCGGAGCAAAUUGCAGAGCUUAAGAGAGGAGCUGAAAUCAUUGUAUGUACACCGGGAAGGAUGAUUGACAUGCUCGCCGCUAAUAGCGGACGAGUAACUAAUUUACGUCGCGUGACAUAUGUAGUGCUCGACGAGGCCGACAGAAUGUUCGACAUGGGUUUUGAACCACAAGUGAUGCGCAUUAUGGAGAACGUGAGACCGGAUAGGCAGACGGUAUUAUUUAGCGCGACAUUCCCGCGACAAAUGGAAGCGUUAGCCAGACGGAUAUUGACAAGACCGGUGGAGGUACAGGUCGGUGGACGCUCUGUCGUUUGCAAAGACGUGGAGCAGCAUGUAGUUGUACUCGAGGAAGAUCAGAAGUUCUACAAAUUGCUUGAAAUUCUUGGACAUUAUCAAGACAAAGGUUCCGCUAUUAUAUUCGUAGACAAGCAAGAGAAUGCGGAUACAUUGCUAAAAGAUCUUAUGAAAGCUUCUUAUUCCUGUAUGUCUCUUCACGGUGGUAUAGACCAAUGCGAUCGAGAUUCCACCAUAUUAGAUUUCAAAGCGGGACGAACAAAAUUACUCGUGGCCACGUCUGUUGCUGCUCGAGGUUUGGAUGUUAAGCACUUGGUAUUAGUCGUCAAUUAUGAUUGUCCCAAUCACUAUGAAGAUUAUGUGCAUAGAUGUGGUAGAACUGGUCGGGCCGGAAAUAAAGGAUAUGCGUAUACUUUUAUUACGUCAGAACAAGAACGUUAUGCCGGCGAUAUUUUACGUGCGCACGAAUUAGCGGGUGUACCCGUUCCAGAACCUUUGCGCCAAUUAUGGGAAGGUUACAAAGCUCGUCAAGCUGCUGAUGGAAAAAAGGUUCACACUGGAGGUGGUUUCAGUGGCAAAGGAUUUAAGUUUGAUGAAUCUGAGGCUGCUUUGGCGAAUGAGAAAAAGAAAUUCCAGAAAGCAGCUCUAGGACUACAAGAUUCUGAUGACGAGGACAUAGAAAAUGAUAUCGAUCAACAGAUCGAAAGCAUGUUGGCACCUAAGCGAACCGUUCGUGAAAUAGCUAAACCAACUGCGACCAACAUCACAGUACCUGGUCAACCAGUACCCAGUGCCACCGAUAAGCUCGAAUUGGCCAGAAGAUUGGCGUCAAAGAUAAAUAUCGCGAAGAAUCUUGGUGCCGAGGCAAAAGGUGCCACUCAACAAGCGGCGGAAGCCAUACUUAAAGGCGCAGGUCCUACGAAUCUUAUUACGGCAAAGACAGUUGCUGAACAACUGGCUGCAAAGCUAAACACGAAAUUGAAUUAUCAGCCACGCGAAGAAGAUCUCGUGGAAAGUGAUGUGGAAACGGGCGAGCAAACAUUCCGCAAAUACGAGGAGGAACUCGAAAUCAAUGACUUCCCACAACAAGCGAGAUGGCGAGUUACGAGCAAAGAGGCUCUUGCUCAAAUCUCAGAAUAUUCCGAGGCGGGUUUAACAGUAAGAGGAACGUACAUCGCGCCUGGAAAAACACCACCAGAAGGCGAGAGAAAAUUAUAUUUGGCAAUAGAAUCGACGAGCGAAUUGGCAGUUAGCAAGGCCAAGGCGGAAGUAUCUCGGCUUAUCAAGGAAGAACUCAUCAAAUUGCAGGCGUCUGGCGCUCACACCGCAUCGCGAGGUCGAUACAAAGUUUUAUAAAGUUUUGGGAUCAUUUUGUCAAGAUAUCUUUUAAAGAUAUCAUAUUACACGCAUAGACGGAUGAUAAAAGUUUAAAAAUUUAUUAUAUACAUGCAAAUGUGUUUGUUUUUAACAAACGAUACAAUAACAAGAUAUACUUAACGA